AUAUGUGAUAGAAAUACAGCCUUAGCUGAUUGGUCAACACAAUCUUCCAGGAAGUAUUUCCACGCUGUAGAGGUGGGCCUAGUUUCAAGGAAUUCUGUGUGGAGCUACACAACCUCUGUCCUUUCAGAAGGGACUGUAUAGUGACUGGCUGUUAUGUUAUGCAGCUGUGCAAAGUGAAGAUUGUCAUGCUAUGAAGGUUCACUAAGGCAGGCGCCAUGUUCUCCGUGCGCAUCGUAACCACCGACCACUAUCUAGCCCCACCUAUACCUGGGCUCGAUGUCACACACUCCCAGUUCCGGGGUUGUGAUGUCAGGAGAGUGCCUGUCCUGAGGAUAUUUGGAGCAACACCAGCUGGACAAAAGACGUGCAUGCAUGUUCAUGGAGUAUUUCCUUACCUUUACGUCCCUUAUGACGGCACUCAGCCAUGGGAGCGAUACCUGCGUCUCUUUGCUACAAGCCUUGACAAGGCCAUUAAUGUGGCAAACAACAGUGCUAAGUCUGAUGUGCAGCAUGUCUUCAAGAUUUCCAUUGUUUCUGGGAUUCCAAUGUAUGGAUACCAUGCCAAGGAAGAAGAAUUCCUCAAGAUCUACAUGUUUAACCCUUCAUCUGUCAAGAAGGCAGCUGACCUUUUACUGGGUGGCGCAGUGAUGAACAAGCCCUUCCAGCCCCACGAGGCUCACAUACCGUACAACUUACAGCUGUUUAUUGACUACAACCUGUAUGGGAUGAAUCUCAUCAACGCUGCUGCCGUCAAGUUCCGCAGAGAUCGUGAAGAGGACAAUGACCCACGGAGAAAUCUGACUGAGCAGCGGCCUUCUUCCCUGGACGAUUCCGACUCCACCCCUCGGACACCACUCCUGGGAUCAGGAGAGUCCCCAGACCACUCUGGGAUCAACACCCCAAGUAGAAGAAUGUGGGACACACUCCACAUACCUAGUGAGCUGAUGUUGGACGGCGAUGUGUCCCGGCAGACGACGUGUCAGCUUGAGGUAGAUGUAGUUGCUGCAGACAUCCUCAACAGACUGGAAGUUGAUGCGAAUAUCGGAGCGAACCCUGGUCUGGCAGCCAUCUGGGAGGAUGAGAAACAGAGACGAAGGAACCAGGGAGAGACAUCGCAGAUCGCAACGCCAGAAUCACAGGAUCGAGCAGACGUUGAUGUAGCAGAGAGUGAAUGUAUUCUCAGACAGAGGCUUCGGGAGAUCAUUGAACAACAGAAACCCUUUCUUGACAGCCAAUCAGAUGAGGAGUCAGACAUGUCCCAGGGUUCUCAGGACGAUUUCUCUGCGACACCUGCCUCACAAGUCACCUUCCAUGUCUCACAAGAUUCGGACCAGUCAGAGUCCUCCCAGAGCACAGUCAUAUUGGAUGAUGUUGGUGAAGAGGAGAAACAGGAAGAGGGGAAGGAAGAGCCCAUCAUCAGCUUGGAAUCCAUACAGAGAGUCCUGUCCUUUAGCCAGAGCUUUUCACAGACUUCUCAAAACUCAGAUGGCCCAGACAUGUCUCUGGCGGAUGUGCUGGCAGCUCUGGCCGACGAAUCCUCCCCAGUCUCCUCCCAGCUGAGCGCCUCCCAGGUGUCAGCCCUGGAGGACAAUGACAGCAUCAUCUCAGGCAACACUGGCAUCGUAGAUGUGGAGGUGCUGAAGGAGGAGGAGGAGGAGAUGUUGGAGAUGUCGCAGAGAGUUUGGGACGGGGCAGAUCAGGAGGAGGCCUUGCAGGGGGAAAACGAGGAGCAUGGCGAGUCUGAGGAGCAUAACUUGAAAGGUAUGGACGACACAUGGACAGACUCCCAGUUCCUUCCCAGUGAGAUGGUGGAGGAGGAUGAAGAGGAGGAGGAUGACGGACAUAUACCACAGUUUGAUGGAGCCUCUGAUGAAAAAUCAGAUGCACCAGUGGCCCAGAGGAAGAGGCUGGGUGUGAGGGGUCAGGUCACAUCACACUUGCCGAUGACCAUGCAGAGUAACCAAGGUUACCAACAGUACAGAGAUGGUGUCCGAGGCAACUACGACAACAGCGUAUACAACCCACCUACAGGCUACAGUGAGAACAGGAUGGGACAACAACAACCUCCAUUUUCUCCUGGGGGAGAACAAUAUUCUCAACUGAAUCGAGAAUAUGCUCGCCCUUGGGACUCGAGCUAUAGGAUUAGAGAGCUGGAUGGGACCUCAAAACGUAACUGGGAACAUACUGUAUGGCAGCAACAGCAGCAACAGCAACAGCAGCAGCAACAGAUGAUAUCUCAAGGCCAUCAACCAUAUCAGGGCUAUCCACAACACAUGGACGACAUGAACCUUGGGUACAGUGGGCCUGCUCACGCAUCAGAAAGGAACUACAGUGGCAGCUACAACUUCAACCAAUACCAGCAACACUAUGGCAGCCAGGAGGGCUUCCACGAACAACAGCCUUCCUUCUCAACACGGUCACCCACAAACUUCAUGGGCCACCCCGAGCAAGUCUCACCAAACUAUAUACCAAAUAUCACAUCAGGUUUAUCACAUGCUCAGCAUUCAUCACCACAGUUGUCUCAGCACCCCUUGUCUCAUUCAACUCAACAGUCUCCUCGAUUGACCUCUUCAUCUCAACACGCUUCAUCCACACUCACAGGUCAACACACAUCACCUCUCAUGCCGCCACACAUAUUGCCACAUCCCAUGCAGCACACAUCAAUGGCUGGUCAUACGUUUAAUCCAGAGCCCACGAGCUCCAACCAGCCUGUUUUCCCAACUAUUUCAAGAGAGGCAACAACAUCGUUCCAGGAGAUGCUGAAUUCACCUGCACCAUCAACUCAGGACUCCAGCAUGAACAGAAGCUUGAGCAGAUCCUCUAUACAUUCAUCUGCUUCACUCGCUUCCAACAGUAGUGAAAGUGAGCUUUCUCUCACACGUCUCAGCUCAACCAAUGACCAUAGAUUAGACGACAGUAGUUUUGAAAAGUUGAUAGAAAAGACAUCAUCCAACAUCAAUGCCUUACCCAACAUGACAUCAGUGGAACUUACCUCAAGUGAUUGCUCAACAUCUGUUCAAAGACAACCCUCCAGAGACAAUAGUCAAGAUGAUCUGUUUGGGGCAUCUCCUCAGACCUUACUGGGUGGUUCCACCCCUUCCUUGUCUGUGGAUGAAAGCAAUGAGUCUGCCAAUGAGUCAAUGAUUGACAUGACUGGCUGUGAUGACUUCAUGCCCAGCGGGUACGACUCGGGUGGAGAUGGACAAUGUUCUCAAAACUCAAUGUUAGGUCCGGAAUUGCCUGGAAUCCCAUACCUGACAAAUCUAGAUUUGCCUUCCCCUGUGAGAGUUGAUGGUAGGCGGGAGAGCUGCCCAUCAUCUCUGACAGGAUUGAUCAAUUUGGUGUCAAGUGUGUCAGACACUAACUUUACAAAUUUCCGCUCAAGAUCUAAGUUGUCCUUGAAGAGAACCAAUUCUGACACCCGCGUGACUAAUUCGCGAGAAGGUUACAGCUGGGGCCAGGAUUAUUACUACAACUGUAAUAUGAAUAAAUCAAUAGGUGUGGCACCUUCAUAUUACCCAUGGGGUCAAAAUGGUAAUAUGAUUCCGCAUCAUAGAGUUGUUAACACAAGUAUUGUUCAAAGUGCUCCUGGUCAAAAGAAACGAGGACGACCACCGAAGAAGAAGCUGUUGGUUACUCCUGAAAGGCAAGAAGUGUUGCUGCCCAAUGCAGCAUAUACUUAUGCUUUCCAUGUGCCAACACCUGUGUUUAAGAGACUGAAGAUCAGGCACACAUCCUUAUCUCAUAGCAGUGAGGUGAAAAUAGUCAGAAUGCACCCAAUGGAUGCCAGGCGAUACAGUUUGCUGAAAAUUGGUAGGGAGGUUGUUCGGAUCCCAAAGUUAACCGCAAAAGACAUUGAGAAGUUGUCAAAACCUCCCUUGUGUCCACCAGUGUCUGAUGGUUUUUCUUGUGAAUACCAGGGCAGUUCAGCUGACCAUGUACCAGCCAAAGUAUUAUCAACCAUGCCGACUGUGAAGCCAGUUCACCCCAUGUACUCUAAGAAACCUGAGGAGAGGGUGCCUGUCCUGAGUCAGUUCGGGGACAUCUUUCACAAGAGUCCUGCUAAAGGGAAGAACAGGGACAAACGACGGUUUUCGGCCAUGGAGUCAUUUCACACACAACUGCCUGAAGUCUUACCUCCUAAGAGCUGUGAUGACAGCAUCAAAAUGAAACUUUUAAGAGAAAAGCUUUGUCAGUUUAAGCCGAACUUAGAAAUUGUUCAGCAGCCUAGUAGACUUGAAAAUGUUCUGGAGAGAGAAAUACAUUCAGUGAAGAAUUGUGACAGUGAAGCAGAAAUCAAUAAGAAUGGUCUGGAUAGAGAGAUUCUUUCUGUGCAGAGCCGGAAUGGAAAACCAGUUGACAUUGAAGUGAAUGAAAAUGUUCUGGAACAAGAGACACUCUCAGGUCAGAAUUGUGACAGAAUACCAUCACCUGAUGAAGCAAAUGGACAUGGCCUGGAGAAGGAGAGACUCUCAGUAGAGACCUUGAACAGGACACCUUCUGCCACAGAAGCACAGGAAGAUGAUGUGGAGCAAGAGAGACUCUUGGGGCAGAACCAGCACACAUCUAGUGACAUGAGUAAAAGUGUCCUUGAGCAAGAGAUGCCCUCGGGGCAGAACCAGCACACAUCUAGUGACAUGAGUAAAGAUGUCCUGGGGCAAGAGAUGCCCUCGGGGCAGAACAUUGACAGAACAUCCAGUGACAAUGUGAUGAGUGAAGAUGUCCUUGAACAAGAGACACUCUCGGGUCAGAACCAGCACACAUCCAGUGACAUGAGUAAGGAUGUCCUGGAGCAAGAGACACUCUUAGAACAGAACAAUGACAGAAUAUCUAGUGACAGUGCAAUGAGUGAAGAUGUCCUUGAACAAGAAACACUGUCAGCACAGAAGCAGGACAGAACACCUAGCAACAAGAUUCCUAUUUGUGAACUUACAAACAAAAGUAACAGAGUCAGUUUUUCUCAAGAUAUUCCCUUGCAUGUGGAACCUGCAAAAGAUUUUGAAGAUAUGGAUGUUGGUGUGUCAGACAAAGAAAAAGGGAGUGAAAAACAUCAAAAAAGUCCAAAGCCUAUUGUCUGUGUUGAAAAAAACAAUGUAAAAGAAAAAGCAGUAAAAUCUGUUUCUUUUGUAAAGAAGGCUGUGAAGGAUAAUAUACCUGAUACUGUUGGCACUAAACACGUAUCAGUAGGAUUGUCAAAAACUGCUAAGAAAGUGGCUGUUAUUGAAUCUGAGAAAAAGGAUCAGCUGUUGAAUAUAUGUGGAACAGUAGAUAGAAGGUUAGCCAAAGAAGGAAACACAAGAGGGACUGAUUGUUCAUCUCAAACAAUACCACUACCUUUCGAAGUUUACUUGGAGACUGAUUCAACUGAGGAAAGGCUGGAAAUUAAGCGGUCAACUCACAACUCCUCCUCCUACUUGGACAGUACUAGGCACUUUCCAGUGGAUUUCUCCUCCUUAGAAGACCCUCUGGUUGUCCAAUCAUCUGUGAAGACUGUGCCGGUGGACAUGCCUGACCAACUACGUCCUCUGCACACGCCACCUUUAAUGUUAACAGAGUCUGAUCAGGAGGACAAAGGACACGCAAGAGUGGCUCCUCCUGGUGUUGACAAGAACAGGAAGCCUGAAGCUCUUGUCAGAAGGGUGAUGCCAGAUACAGCAGCACCUCUUCCUGAAUGUAGUGCAGUUGCCAAGACAACAAUAGCCAGUGGCUUCUACAGUGACAAGGACCACUCCAGUGAGGCCGAGUCAAUCUUCUCCAUACCUCACUCCAGAGCAUCCUCUCGAGCCAGCUCCAGAAAGGAAUCCUCGGACAGCAGUGAUGGCGCUGUUGGUCGGUCCAAAAAGCUGAAGAAGAGGAAGCAUUCAGAUGGAAAUGAUUCGAGUAGUUCUGGAUACAGGAGCAAGCGACCAUCGGUCAACUACUCGCCGCAGGCUUUCAAACAUAUGUUUGAUGAAGGUGAUGAUAAUAGAAAAACCAGAAAGGCACAAAGAAGACAUAAACAUGAUGAUGCUUUCAAGAAUAUGAUCCUUGGUGUUCAUUAUAUUGUAGUGGGGAGAUUUAGAGGAUCCAGAUCUAUGCAGGUGAAACUAAAACGCCCCAGAUUAGAAGGCCAAUCAAUAAAUGUCCAUGACUAUUUUGCCUUUCAUCUAGAAGAGAAACGUCUGUUUGAUAGAGCUGUUCAUCGUAACCUGAUUCGGCCAUCUUCGGCAGAGUCAACUUCCACGAUAUCAGAGUACUUGAUGGAGAGCAGAAUCAUCAACUGUAAGUCGUCAGAGAGCGAGCAGUCGGAUGUACCUGCCGAGUUCCAGUCCUCAAGGGCAUCAACACCUGCCUUUGUGCUGGAUGAGAGAACGGGAAAGUUUCGGUCAAAUCAGAGAAAACCUGACAGUGAUAACUGCACAGAAAUAUGUUUAGCUGACUACCCUAGUGUGAGCAGACCCUUAGAAACAUGGCUUGAAGAAUCGACAUCACUAAAUAAUGAAGAAUCAUCAACACCUGUGGUAUGUCCGAAACAAUCUGCCUCUAAACAAAAGGGUAGUGGGAAAGAAACUGUACAGGACUGUGUUGACAAAACUGCUGAUGUUGAUGCGUUGUCUACCUCCACUGUUUUGCCCCCCGAAGUUGGUGUCGCACCUCCAUCACUUGACAAGCACACUCACAAAGAUCAACAUUCCUUUCCUAACAAACAGGAUACAACAACAAGCAAAAUGAAUACAGCUAUCACUGAGACCUAUCCUGACAAAUAUUAUCCCGUGAACGAUAUUCACACAGAGCACACGGUGUAUCACGUUCAGCAUCAGGGAUUUCCAACAGAAGCUGUGUAUCGAUCUCCGAAGCCAAGCUAUCUGGAUUCCAGUGCAGUUGAGUCUUAUCGCAAGAAUCAGAUCAGUGGUCAUUACUUGCCAGGCUACAGCCCAGGACAACCCUACAAUCAUUCUCUUCCACGACAAGCUGUGCAUGACAGUAGCUCUAGUGAUUCCUGUGGCGAGGUUCUUUUUCGGCCAAAUCUUCAAGUGACUAUCAAACCUCACCACAAAAAACAGAAGGCAAAAUCACCUUACCGUUCAUCAAAGCUGACAUAUGUUCAAGAUAAGAAAGGAAAGAGAAAGAGUUUGACUCCUAAUCAGCGUCUUGGGGUUGCAUUUCUGUCUACAAGGCACAGGAGGAAAAAGUCUAAUGGUGGUAGUUGCAAGUUGAUGAACAGCCUGUCAGUAUUGCACCAAGCCACGCUGGCCAAUCUGACAGAUACAAUCUCCUAUGCUGAUGGCACAGAUGAUUACAAGACAAAGUAUGAAGAUGUGAUGUACAAGCUGGCUCUCGUGUCGCCACCUCAGUCGGAUAAAGGAGAGACAUCUCCUCCCAUCCCUCUCUCACCGGAGGAUGGGGACAAAGAUAUGCUACUCAAAGUCCAUGACAAACCAAAGUCUACUUCUGAUAACACCAGCCAGACGGAGAAACACGCUCCAACUGGUAAUUGUGUUCCAUCCACGUCAGCCAUUGCAUCUACCUCAGGAGCCUCUGCUCAUGUGUCCAUGGACUCCAUAUAUGAAACACCCUUGUCAAGUGUUGAGAACAAUAAGGAGACAAGGUCCCCUGAAGCGUCAGUCUUAGUGGGUACUGAAUCCGACUCGUUGCCAGACUUGGUCGAGACUAAGACACCAGUUGAAGGUGAGACUAAGGCCUCAAAUGUAGUCGAUACCAAGGCUUCUGACUUGGAAAACGACCAACAACCAGAUCAAGUGGAUGCCAAAAUUGCUGACUUCAUUGAGACCAGAACAGCAUCUUCAUCUGAUGUGGCAAGUUCAGAAAGUGAAGUAACCUCAAAACAAGCAACAUGUUCACAUAAUUUGAAGACGGCUGUGGUUCUACUGAAACCUUUGUCAUUAUCAGAAAUAAACAAGUUGACCAGAGAUCUGAAGCAGAAGAAGGUUAGCUGCUCCUCACCUCCCAACCUUGGUUCCCCAAUCUGCAGCGCCCGGUACCGCAGGCCGUCAGGAUCCAGCUCUGAUGCCAGUAUUGUCCAUGACAGUGGGAGGACCCCUCCUCCCUGCCUCACCCCUCACCGAUCCCCCCGGGUGUCCGACUGUACCCUUAGCGACUGUAUGGCCGACUCCCAGCAUUCCUGGAGGUCAGACAAAAGUCGAGAUGCCAGUGUUCCAGAUAAACUCAGUGGACAAAAUUCUAUAUCAUCUGAUAAACUGUCUUUCAAAAGUGUUAAUAAAUCCAAAUGUGAGAGUUCUGUAUCAUUUCGACCUUACAGUUCUGUUACAAAUAGCCCUGCUAAUUCACAGGCUUGCUCAAAUGAACUUGCAAGCCUCUCACAUGACUCUUCCUCAAACCAAUCCCGAAAUUCAGACACGAAUAAUUCAACCGAUUCAAAGAAAGAAAACUGGUCAGUGUCAAGUAGUUCCAAGGCAAAAGGUGCAGAUAAAGGUGCUUCUAAUCCAAAGUAUAGUGAAUUGAAAUUGAGUGUCAGAAACUUACUGACUCCAAGAGAGAAUGCUAUAAAUGCAAGCACCCUCCCAGAACAUUAUGACAUGGAUUGCCCUGUGGUUAUAAAGACGUCCCAGUACGAAGACAUAUCAUCGGAUGAAGACGAUGAACCAACAGAUGCCACAAGGAAGAGACCAAGGAAGCAAGCAUGUCAUUCCGAUCCACCAGAGGACAAACCCAAAAAGAACAAGAACGGUGGCAGGGGAGGCUACUCUGCACGAGACUCGACUGGACAUUCCCAGGGUUCAAGUGGUGGCAGCAGUGGAGGAAGUCUGCCUAGCCCAGAGGUAUACUUCGGCUCUGUGGUGCUGAGACCACAGACAUAUCCCCCUACGAGGGAUCUAGUCUCGGUGUCGGCUCAUAUGUAUGGGUUGUACAGCCACACUGCCCAAAACGCCUACUGCAGCAACCCUGAUGACUUGCCCGAUAAACCCAGGGAACUGGGUGGGACAGUGUUGAAGCUUCAGUCAAACAGGGUGAGGGAUUUGGAGGAGUUUGAGACGUCUGCUGGCACGGAAGGACUUAAAAAUUGGAGAUCAGUGUUUGCAGCUGACAAUAACUUGUUUUCAUCUCAGACUAUUGAACCUUUGUGGGAGAAAUUGGAUAAGGACCCUGAAUUUAAGUUUAUGUUAAGUGAGGACAGACACAUUGCCAUCACACCUUGCAAUCUGCCACCCAGGGGUGAGGAUGUAAAACACUGGUUCGAGACUAAGGCAGCUCGGAUCAAGACGGACGCUAAGACAGAGACAGUCACAGACACUGGGAUAGAGGAUGGUGGCAGACCCGAGGACAAGGGGAUGGAGGAAUAUGUACAUUUUAGUGAACUGGCUGCAGAGAUUACUGUGGAAGAGUCCCGAACUGAUGAUGAGUCAACACUUGUUGGUACCAGGAAUGUUUCCAGUGUGAGUGACUGUGACCCAUCAGGAGGUGCUGAGUGUGUUGUUGCUGGUGCAGACACUGGAGACGGUGGUGGUAUCAGUGGUGCAGACACUGGAGACGGUGGUGUCGAUGGUACAGACACUAGAGACGUUGGUAGUAUCGGUGGUACAGACACCGGAGACGGUGGUGUUACAGGAUAUACACGUGAUACAGGCACUUGUGUUGAAGACAUUGUUUCUGGGAAAGAUGCUGCUCAGAUUAGUUAUGUGAGUGAUUCUGAAGCUGGUGAGGAUGACCCAGCAUGUGUGAGCAGACCUCAGUCAGGGAUGAGUGCUUAUGAUGCUGACACAGAGGUGGAUCUGAAUGUUCCGGAUGAGGACUUGGCAGCACAUGAGGACCUAGGUCAUCCUAGACGUGGUAAAUACACGAAUAUUUAUGAUAUGAAUGUUGAGGAAGAUGAGGAAUCAAAAGAAUAUGUGCACGUUGUGGUUGAAACAGAUUUCUCUUUUGGGAAAAAUUCUGACAAGUGUGAUCAGGACAUGGAUGCUUCUCCUGAAGGUGGAGCAAGCAGACAGCAGGAUGUGGAUGAGGGUGUGACUGACACCAGGAGUGUGGAAGAACCCUGUAGUGUUGGGGACAGAGACUUGAACAGAUCCGAACAUGAUUCAUCACCACCAGUACAGAUUGUUCAUUUGAAGAAGACAGUGUCCGAUGGGGACGUGGUUAAAACAGACUCGUGUGUUAAAGAAUUAGUUAGUCCACUCACUCAUAAGCGAAGUGAUAAGCUGAAAUCACGUUGGGAUCAGAAGGAAAGUAAUCCGACUCCGUCCAAACCUCCGAGCACUGAUCCGGGUGAGUCGUCCCUGCCCCCUGUCCAUAGCACCCCAGUACGGCGCACAUCAAUUGAUUGGUCUGACCCAUUAUGUACUCCAAUCUCGACCAAUCGUGAUAAAGCAGUUGCCGGCAGCAGCCAUGACAGUAGUCCCUUUGUGACCCCCAGGAAACCAGGCCCCAUACGCCGACUCUCUUCCAAUACUGAAACGUCCUUACGCAGGUCAAUUCUUGCCUCGCAGUUGAAGAGCCAGUUGGCCACUCCAACACCCAAGCGUAGCACGUCCCAAAUAGAUGGCCCCACUCCCAAGAACACCUAUGGAUUUAAACUUACACAACAAAACUACCAGGACGCUAAAGCUUUACAUGAGCAUCAGUACCUGACUGUCAUGAGUAUGGAAGUUCACGUAGAGACCCGUGGCGACCUUCGCCCUGACCCGGAAGUUGAUACUAUGCAGGCCAUCUUCUACUCCAUCUUCAAUGAUGUUCCUCCUGCUAAAGGAGAACGCCACAUCACAGGGGCUAUCGUUGUAGAUGUUGCAUCUGCCCGUGCUGCUCACAUGCCUAACUCGCCUCGACCCGAACCGCGACCUGUCUCUCCCAAGCCAUCCACAUCAAGGGCUCAACCUGAACCUCAGCCUUCAACAUCAAGGGCCAGACCUGAGCCCAAACUGGGAAAUUCCAGGUCCAGUGAUGAAGCUGAUGCAUCACUGGCUAGAACUCGGAGGCAGACGGCUUCCAUUUUGAAGAAGUCUGGAGUAGAGGACAUCAACACCGAAUAUGUCACAAAUGAAACAGAACUUGUGGAGAGCUUUGUGAAACUAAUUCACAAAUAUGACCCUGACAUUGUGGUGGGCUACGAGAUACAGAUGUUGUCCUGGGGCUUCGUCCUGCAGCGGGCAACGCAUCUCGGCACCGACCUCUGCACGAUGAUAUCCCGCACACCAGACUCUAAGGUAGGGAACCGUGCCAAGGCAGGCGGGAAUGAUUGGGGCUCAGACUACACUUCGGAGAUCAACAUCACUGGACGGAUUGUCCUCAAUCUGUGGCGUCUGCUUCGACACGAGGUGACCUUGAACAUCUACAGUUUUGAGAACACUGCAUUCCACAUCUUGCAUCGACGUGUGCCCCUGUACACGACCCGCACACUCAGCCUGUGGUUCAACCACCGGGCCCACCACUACCGGUGGCGUGUGGUGGAACACUAUGUGACAAAGGUCAAGGGCGUUCUACAGAUAAUGGACCAACUGGACCUGGUUGGCAAGACAAGCGAGUUUGCCCGUGUAUUUGGCAUUGAGUUCUACCAUGUUCUCUCCAGGGGUUCACAGUACCGUGUGGAGUCAAUGAUGCUGAGGCUGGCCAAGCCCAUGAACUUCCUCCCAGCAUCCCCCAGCGUGGAGCAGCGGGCACGUCAGAAAGCCCCAGAGUGCAUCCAACUCACUCUGGAGCCGGAGUCUCGAUUUUACCCCCACCCAGUGUUGGUGCUGGACUUCCAGUCCCUCUACCCCUCCAUCAUGAUCGCCUACAACUACUGCUUCUCCACCUGCCUCGGCAGGGUCCAGAGGCUCGCCAAAGCCCAUGAGGGCCCUUUCGAAUUUGGAUGUUCAUCAUUGAAAAUAUCACCAGCACAGCUGAAGAAACUGGAGAAGGACGUGACAAUAUCCCCUAAUGGUGUUGUGUUCCUGAAGGAUCACGUCAGACAGGGAGUCCUGCCCAGAAUGGUGGGUGAGAUUCUCAAGACCCGUCUAAUGGUGAAGAAGGCAAUGAAGGGCUAUAAGCAUGACAAGACUCUGUCCCGCCUGUUGAAUGCCCGCCAACUGGGCCUGAAGCUGAUCGCCAAUGUGACAUAUGGCUACACUGGAGCCAGCUACUCUGGGAGGAUGCCGUGUAUAGAGGUCGCGGACAGUAUUGUGCGGAAGGCACGGGAGACCCUGGAGCGAUCCAUCCGACUCGUGGAGGACACGCCCCAGUGGAGGGCAAAGGUGGUCUAUGGUGACACAGACAGCAUGUUUAUCCAUCUGGAGGGUCGAAGUAAAGACGAGGCAUUUAAAAUCGGCCAGGAAAUUGCAGAUGCUGUCACAGCCAUGUUCCCCAAGCCAAUCAAACUCAGGUUUGAAAAGGUGUACAUGCCGUGCGUCCUGCAGACCAAGAAGAGGUACGUGGGCUUCAGCUACGAGACGGUAGACCAGAAGGAACCAGUGUAUGAUGCCAAGGGAAUUGAAACGGUCAGACGAGACAACUGUCCCGCGGUUGCCAAGAUCCUGGAACGCUGUAUCAAGCUGCUGUUCACAACCCGAGAUGUGUCACAGGUCAAGGUCUUCGUCCAGCGCCAGUGUCAGAAACUCAUGGAGGGCAAGGUCAGCAUCCAGGACUGCAUCUUUGCCAAGGAGUUCCGAGGCAUGAUGGGAUACAAACCAACUGCGUGUGUACCGGGACUGGAGAUUGCCAAAAAGCUGAUGCGGCAAGACCGCCGUGCGGAGCCUCGUGUUGGCGAGAGGAUACCCUACGUGAUUGUGUAUGGAAGCCCUGGGCUGCCACUAAUCCAACUGGUCCGACAUCCCAGCGAGGUGCUGCGUGACCCCACACUGCGCAUCAACGGCACCUACUACAUCACCAAGGCGAUCCUGCCACCAUUGCACAGACUCUUCUCUCUCAUUGGGGUCGAUGUCUUUGCCUGGUAUCAGGGCAUGCCGAAGGUGAUCCGUGUUGUGCCGCAAGCCAUUGUGUCCGGUGACUCGAAGAAGGGCACUAUUUCCCAGUACUUCUCUGUGAGUAACUGCCCUGUCUGUGAUGAGCAGACAAAGCAGCCCAUCUGUGCCACAUGUAUGCGGAACCCACAGAUGGUGGCAGUCACACUGAUGGAUAAGAUCCGUCGCUGGGAGUCCGUCCAUGACAGGCUGGCAGAGGUAUGCUACACGUGUAUGGGAGCUCAAGACUCCACUCAGCCCUGCACCUCUCUGGAAUGCCCAAUACUGUUUCGGAGAGCCCUGGCCAGGAAUGAUGUCUCCUGUGGCGACCAUCUCAGGCAGUGCUUGGAAAAGGUUCUACCAUUCUGAUAUGAGAUUCUCCAGCAAUGGGUGGAUUGUGCAAGAUUCUUCAUUAAUGGGUGGAUUGUGCAAGAUUCUCCAGCAAUGGGUGGAUUGUGCAAGAUUCUCCAGCAAUGGGUGGAUUGUGCAAGAUUCUCCAGCAAUGGGUGGAUUGUGCAAGAUUCUCCAGCAAUGGGUGGAUUGUGCAAGAUUCUCCAGUUAGGGUUGGAUUGUGGAAGAUUCUCCAGCAAUGGGUGGAUUGUGGAAGAUUCUCCAGCAAUGGGUGGAUUGUGCAAGAUUCUCCAGUAAUGGAUGGAUUGUGCAAGAUUCUCCAGUAAUGGGUGGAUUGUGCAAGAUUCUUCUGCAAUGGAAGGAUUUUGCAAGAUUCUCCAGUAAUGGAUGGAUUGUGCAAGAUUCUCCAGCAAUGGGUGGAUUGUGGAGGAUUCUCCAGCAAUGGGUGGAUUGUGGAGGAUUCUCCAGCAAUGGAACAGACUCGUGUCAGUGUACUCAGAUAUAGAAAAACUCAAGUUGAUAUGUGACGCAUAUGGCAGCACACAGGCAGACGGAUACUGAUGCAUUUGUCGUCAGGCAUUUCACAAGGACCAUUUACUCUACCCAUUCAAACCAUGUCCCUUUUGCUGUCUGUUUCUGAUCAGAUUAGAAGUCACAAAAUAUUGGCUCAAUGGAAGUUCCAUCCAGGUUCCUUCAUAGAGUUUAGUAAGGCAAGACUAUUUUGGGGCGUUUAUGGAUUUUGAUAGUAAAAUGUUAGGUUGAAAAAAGAAAGAAAAAUGUAUGCAUUUUACAGGAUUUUUAAAAUCAUUUUAAAGUUUGAUUUGGAGGUAAAUCUUGUUCUGGUUUGGGUCCUUAUAAAUGCUAUGAGUCUAAAUUCUCACAGCGGCAUUUCAUUGUUGUCAUGACAAUCUUUAUCAUCGACGGUAUAAAACGUAUUUGUCAUUCUGAUUUGAUUUUUUUCCUGAAUUUUCAAUUAAUGAGGUUGGAGGAUCCAUAAACCAAUAAAAAGAAUGUAAGGUCUAAUACUCCUGCAAGUAUCCCAUGCCAGAGUUCUCAGGACGACUCCUCUUCCCUCAGUGUCUUGAGGCAUGACUCAUAAGAGAUUGCCAUAUCAGUACCAAUAAGUGAUGCUCUCAACAAGAUUAUUUAUCACUUUGACAGUCCAGUAAAACAUUGUGUCUGUGUCAAUUGAGACCAGAUUCCUCAUGUUCGCGGAAGUGGGACUAUCGUAUUAACUGUUACAAUGUGCUACCGUGAAACUUACGAAAUGUGCAUCUCCAGAUUCCUCGUGUUCGUGGAAGUGGGGCUAUCAUAUUAACUCAUUUACAAUGUGCUACUGUGAAACUUGCGAAAUGUGCAUCUCCAGAUUCCUCAUGUUCGUGGAAGUGGGGCUAUCGUUUUAACCAUGUGCUACCGUGAGACUUGCGAUAAGAGACAAGUGUUCCAGGACUGCUUGGAAGCCUCACUGAUGAGGAUCUUUCACUUUAUUUUGUGUUUAGCUACAUGUUUUGUCGUCUCUGAACGAAUGUUUGAGAGAUUAAAAUCAAAAGGAGGUAUUAAGCAAUUUUUGUGAUACACAGAUGUACAUGUUAGAACUCGUUAUUUAUUCUAGUCAUUUGUUCAUGUAUAUACAGUAUACAAGAAAACAGAAGCUAUGUAGCAUUCUUGAACGUCAUGGAACGUAAUCGCUGGGGAUAUGUGGAUCUUAUAUUUGUGUGUAAAAGUGGAUGUCCACCUUAGUGGAUUUGACAAUUUUCAUGAACUGGUAUUUUUACCAUGUGCUGCUUUGAUAUUUAGCCUUCUGAUUGAAAGUGUAGAUGUAUAGAUAGAUGGAUAUACAUACAUAUAUAUAUAUAUUGGUGGAAUUCAUAUGAGGAUGACGCCCUGUGUUCCACAAGUGAUUGUGUGCUAUAGAUGGUGUCUCUAAACAAGUAAAGUGCAUGGUCUCCAUUCCCACCCCACGUGAGAAUUAUGUUCCCGGAUGGGAUGAAGAAGUGACUGUGCCAAAGCUGUGGGACUGCCCAUCUCAGGGACGUGUUGCCAUGUAUGGACAUACAGGUUACAUGUAGCACACGACUAGGGCAGCUCAACUACAGCUCUCAUACAACGAGGUGCUUCCACAUCUGCCUCUCCAACUGACCUUCACCUUGUUGGCACAGAAACAAAAUGGCCAAGUGCUGUAAUAAUAUCUUAUCAACGAAAGACCAUAUAUCAUCUCCAUUUGAAGAAAUACUGAAUUUUGUGUUCAUUAUAGGCGACGUUAAUAUUUUUAUGGUAAUUGUAGGUAGAAGCUUGGUCUGUUUGUAGGGUGUUAAAUAACUAUUGAUUUUGAUCACAGCUCUGUGGGGUCAUAAGAGAUUGAGAUGUGAUACCCCCAACUUACUGCUCAACUCCUUCGACGUCAACCUGCAUAAUACCACUCUGAUGGGUUCUUAACAUGGUGUUCGAGAAUGAGGGGAAAAUGUGCCAUUAUGUUUAUUCUUAUUUAAUUUUGUGAGGUUUAUACAGUUCAUGUAAUGUUUCCCAAGUCCUAUUUAUAUACGGUGUGUACAGUACCAUGGGAUUAAAUAGUACAUCAGUAAUAUGUAGUGUACACUUUUCAGUCAGGGGAGGUAACCACUGCGGGUGUUUCAGCGACAUGCGUAUUCAUGUUAAUGUCAGAUGGGUUGGUGUGUCAUUAGUGGAAUGUACCUUUAGAUAUAAUUGUACCAGUUGAUGUUAUGGUGUUAUUAUUCACACUUUAAUUCUAGACAGUGUAGCUGAAACCAAGAUACAAAAACACAGCCCACACCAUCUUGGAUCAAGAAACAUGUUGGUAUUACUAUUACAAUCCAAGCUCAUCCUUGGGUCACUGUUCAAGGGUAACCAACUGGAGUGGAACUAAGACUGAGUGUCCCUUUGCUUUCAUCAUGUUGUGGACUGUUGAUUCACGAUAUCUGCAUUUUGUGGCCAUUUCCCUGACUUUUGAGUCUACCUGUCGACUGUUGUACUAUUGGUAGUUGUAUACAGAUGGCUCCAAUUUGUGUUGUAUUUGUUGUAGUGGUAAGUGCAAUAUGUAUAAGUGACGAUAUUCAACUGUUUGCGUUGGUGUCAGAUUGUAGUAUCGGCUGGUUCAUUCAUUGCAUUGUUCAAUACAUUCAUCUUACUGACAAAAUCAAAGUUUAUUACAUCAUAAUAUAGUCAUGCAGAAUAUUUUGAGAAGCAUGUCAUCGUUCAUCAGAGUAUCCUAAGAAUAUAUGUGCUGGUUUUGUAAGUUUUCCUGUGAAAUGUGAUUGCCGGGGAUUGAAUUACUGGUAGUUACUAUGGAAACAAUGAGAGGGGUUUAUCAUAGUGAACAGUAAAUGGAAAUUUGUUAUGGAACCAAAGAUAUUUAUACUUCAUCUGUGGGACUGUUCAGAAAAAGGUUUACGUAAACUUUAUUUUUUGUAGAUGUUUUGAAGAUUUUAUAACAAAAUAUGCACAAAAAUCAACAAACCACAAACAAAAAUUCUUUUGUGACAAAUUCCAUUUUAUACAGUCUCAACCAUUCAGAUUUUGAGACAGAAAUGGCCAAAGCUACAUGUUAUCACACUUUUCUGAUGAGUUUUGCAUACCUGUCCCUUGUUAUUAGAUGGAUAUAUAUCAUGGACCUAUAUAGGUCUGUGAUAUCAUCCAUUCUUCACAUUACAGUGCGUAACAAGUGGAAAAUAAUUUGAAUAUUCGUGAUUGCCACAAAGUGUAUGUUCAUAAUUUUGUAAAAAGUAAUAUAUAACAUUGAUGAAACAGAGUUUUUUCAGUGAGAAAAGCUAAAUUUGUUUUCAAAUCAGAUAUAUACUAUAUUUAGUUUGCUUAGAAAAAUGUCUGUGUGUAACCAGUGUUGAUGGUCAGCAAGAUGAGGCCAGGGAUCAUGAUGCCUUCUUUUCUUUUUUUUCUAAUUUUCCGUGGAAUUUGAUUCUGUUUUGCACAACGGCAAUGCUGUGAAUAUCAGUCUAAUGCUAUCACUUUAUCAUAUGGGUUCUGGACCUUGUUAUUCCUGUUUCUGUUACCAUGGUUACAUGAUAUUUUCCUAAUAGCCAAGCUUGAGGUUGUAAGUUACCUUUGUGUAUGUCAUGUCACACUGCAUGGCAGCCAAGCUGUGCUAUCUAAAUUUAUUAUUAGAUUGUUAUUUUAUAUUAGAUUUUUACAUUGUAUUUACGAUGCUGCUAACAAGGUACUACCCAUGCUGCCUGACGCUGAAUGUUGAAACAGAGUGCUUGCAUCAUAGUCAGGCUUUUAUAUUUAUUACACAUUUCACACUGGUACAUCAUUGCUUGCAGGCAUGGCUGGACUACAAGAUUUUGUGACGGUUUCUUUCAUAUUUCUGAACAUUUAAAAAUUCCAUAACUCAUUGUUAAUUCUUCAGAGUAUCAUAUAAGCAGAUUUAGAGGCAUAUUUUAUGUCUCUGAUAAUUUUCAUAUCAAAAACGUAUCUUUCUUUUUUUAAGAUGUAUGUGGUUCAUCAUGUUUGAGAAGCAAUAUUUAACUGGAGCAUCAUGUCACUAACAGUCUGAACUGCCCUGCUUGUAAGCAGCCAAUCUGUGUCUGAUGUUCAGUGCGUUGGUUUUGUACUCUAUGAGCAGCUACAAGUACCAAUUGUGGAGGCAUAAUAUUGAUUUGUUUUGAAUAUUAAAAAGUGGAAAUUGGUAAA